AUGUCUUCUCAGAAUCCCAACGUCACUCAAGCCCUUUAUCCUAAUAAUGGUCCUCCGCCGCAGCCGCCUUCUCAGAAUGGUUCCCCAAAUCCAAAUGCUCAGCAGUGUUUCGGAAAAGGUGGGAAAAAGAAAGGGAACAAUUACCAUUAUUAUAUUGUAAAAGGGGUGGCUGCUGCCAAGAAUAAACCCCAACUAUGUUGUUUGCACCCAGUUUUGGGGCUCCCUUAUCGGACAUGA